UACGUAGACAAGAGAGAGAGACCGAGACAGUCUGACACGAAACACCUCAGAGACUCAAAGUGUCCUCGGACUGAGACAACACAUCAGUUAAAUCUCAUUUAAAGAGACAAGAAGACAAGAAGAAAAGAUGGUGGCCAAGCAGAGGAUCCGGAUGGCGAACGAGAAGCACAGCAAGAACAUCACUCAACGCGGGAACGUCGCCAAGUCAACGAGAAACGUGUUGGAGGAUAAAGGUGUCGGUCCCUGGCUGCUCGCACUCUUCAUCUUCGUCGUUUGUGGAUCAGCCAUCUUCCAGAUCAUCCAGAGCAUCAGGAUGGGCAUGUAGUGAUGUCACCAGCAGGGGGCCACGACGCCCCCACGACCCAACCGACCAAAACAUUCCUGAACUUUGACCUCUGCCAGCUGACUCCAGUCAUUCCCGAGACAAACGACCAAACCCCCCCUCCUCACCCCCCCCACUCCUUAUCCCCCGCCCCCCCCUCUCAUAUCCCCCCCCCGUUAUCUGUUGAUUGAACGCGUCGCUGCUCGCUGUCCUUCUCACAGGCAACACGUCGGCUCUUUGUGCCUUUCUCUGUUUACCUGUCUACCAAACCCCGCCCCCUUCACCACCCCCAUCCCCCCUCCUCCUGCACCUGAUUACACCUUAUCAGUAAACACGGGGGGGGGGGGGUCAUAGUCCAACCUGCUCCUGUAAACAGCUCAAAUGAAUUUUCGUGUUUUUCCAAAAUAUCUGCAGCGUCUGUUCAGCUGUGAGAGAGAUGAUGAUGGUGGUGAUGAUGAUGAUGAUGGUGAUGAUGAUGAAGGUCUUUUGAAUCAGAAGGUUUGCAGGUGCUGACAGGUGUGUCUGCACUGUGUGCAGCGUCACCUGAAAAAUCGUGUUCAAGUAAUAAAAGUUUCAUUUUGAA